GUAUCAGGUAUCAACAUGGUCAAGUAAUUUGAUCACCGGCUAUUGGGAGUGGCCGCAUGAUCAAGUCAAAACUCAAUUCUUACCUAACGUCUACCUGAUUCUCGGUCGGUCUUCGCAAUAUAAAUUCAACUCCGACCCUCAAAAACGUUCAGAAUCCAAAUUGAACUUCCAAUUUUCAUCUAAGGUUUGUCACCGAUUCCAAUUCUGGUUUGUUUUAAUGGCAUCCAAGAGAAUAGUGAAAGAGCUUAAGGAUUUGCAGAAGGAUCCACCUACUUCUUGCAGUGCAGGGCCAGUUGGAGAAGACAUGUUCCAUUGGCAAGCAACGAUAAUGGGUCCUACUGAGAGCCCAUAUGCAGGAGGUGUAUUCCUUAUAUCUAUUCAUUUUCCUCCAGAUUAUCCAUUUAAGCCACCUAAGGUUGCAUUUAAGACAAAGGUCUUCCAUCCCAACAUAAACAGUAAUGGAAGCAUAUGUCUGGAUAUUCUUAAAGAGCAAUGGAGCCCAGCACUUACUAUUUCCAAGGUUCUUCUCUCUAUAUGUUCUCUUUUGACUGAUCCAAACCCGGAUGAUCCCCUCGUGCCUGAGAUUGCUCAUAUGUACAAGACAGACAGAUCAAAGUAUGAGGCCACUGCUCGCAGCUGGACUCAGAAGUAUGCUAUGGGUUGAUUGUUCGUAUCCCCGCUUAAUCACAUCCGACACAAAUUAGUGGUGAAAAGCAUUGAGUUGUGCCUUUGUGAAUACUACAUAAAAAUUCUAUUGCUUUGUAUGAGCUAAGUACUAUCUAGUAUCUACUAGUUGCUUUUGGUGAGAUAUGGAUGUGUUUUAAGUGUUAGUAUGUUGAAGGAUAAUGGAUUAUGUUGCUCUCAUUGAUAACUAGUUCAAUGUCAGCCUGUUGAUUACAUUCUUGUGCUAA